AUGCCAGCUUUUGUUAUUAUGUCGUAUUAUGGCAACAAAAACCUUGUAAUAACCAACUGUCUUUUCGGUUUAAUUAUUCAAGUAAAGCAAUUUUUCUGCUUGGAUUUCGUACGGUCUCAUUGCCGCCGUUGGAGUAGUGGUGUUCUACUCUCGCGAAUACUAAUAUUCGGUUGUUUGUUACUGUUGCGGGUCUCAUCCGUCAAUCCGAAGCCAAAACAUUCUGCCCACUUGGAUCCACACUGGAAUGAUUUUAAGGUCAGUAAUCCGCAAGAAAAACCAUAUCUGAAGAUACGUACUUAA